CCAGUGCCAUCUGGACUUGGACUCGAAUCAAAAUUGAUUUUGGCUCCAAAAUAGAAAUUGAUAAUCGCGGCUGCUGAGAGUAGCAAUUUUGCAAGUUUGUAGUGAAAUAACGCACCUUUCCAUGUCGACUGCAUCUUGCGGGGAUGCAAACCAAGCCUGCGUGAAGCGAAGGAAAAUGUCGUGAGCACCGAGCGGAAAAUCCAAGCCCCAUCCAGCCAGAGAAGAUCAGUCGAAUGCAAAAUGUCAUUGCGAGCGCACGCCGAGUCGCAGGAGACCCUCGACAUUCUUUCGCAAAAAAGCAUCCUCGAGCUGACCAAGAGUUUGGCGAGCUGCUUGACCAAGAAAAGAAAGGCCAGCGAUGAGGCCAAAAUCACCCACCUGCAGGUUUACGAGAAACUUUUGUCGAAAAGGAGCAAUCAGGAUCUAUACGGAGAUGAAAUUCUCACGAUGUGCAUCAAAAACGCCAAUCACAACGAGCAGACCACGAAUCGUCUUCUAAGCCUCAUCGCCCAGCUUUCCACUGUCGAGAAUGGAAGGGAAAUUGUCCAGUUCCUGGCUCUCAUGGGACGGAAAGUAGAUAAAAAAGAUUCACCCAAUGAAUCAGGAAAACGGAAAGGGGUUGGAAUUUUUCACUGUCCUCAAGAGAUGCUGGACGGCUCAUUAUUUUCCCAACCGCCCUGUCCUGGUAAGGACAAAGAAUUCUACCGCAGCUGGAAGGACUUUGACUUCAACGCUGAACCCGGCACAAAUCUACCUACAGCAUCAAAGUUUUUAAAACUCAAAAAAAAAGAGGUUGUCAAGACAAAGGAGCACAAAGACUUAGGUUAUGAUUCUAGUGAGGAAUCAGAGAUAGACUGGGAAGCAGUAGCAAAAUUAGGUCCACCGCCUAGACAUAGAACGUGGGAGCAGCUAGGCCAAAUUGCGCCGCCUCCCGAGAAGCCACAUUUGACAGACAUCAGUCACAUCAAGCCACUGAAAUGGCAAAUCAGCAGGAAGGAAUUUGUGUCCCACUUGGGCUACUUGCUGAUAGGAAUUCAGUCGGACAGCUUUUAUUUCUGCCAGGAAAGAAAGAGUUUUGCUCUUUCUAACGAUGUGCGAGUUGUUGGAAUGAGUCCUCAAGCGAUUGCUGAAAUGGUCAAACCAUUGAUUGCAUGUGGAACUAGUCACCUUCUGCUGAACUAUUUUGUAGAAAAUACUCUAGAAAGGAGCAGGAUUUUGCAGGCUGUUCAAAAGGCAGUUAGAACCCUUCUUGUAGUGCAUAGAAAGUGCGUUUCAAACUUAGUCAGCCACCAUGAUGACAGGGUGUUGGCCCUUAUCAACUCGAUGCACUGGAUCGGGCCUCCUGUAGUUGCGGUGUCUGCCUUUUGUUGCCCAGCUUCUGGCAAAAGACUGAAAGGACUGGCGGCGCUUGAAGAGCUCAGUAAAAUCUGCUCGGAAAUCAUUCCGGGACGCACGGCCAGCGUUUUUAACUCGCUGCUCAAAGCAGCUGCUGAAGCUUAUCUUAGAAUACUGUGGGCGUGGAUUUUUGAAGGAGAUUUGCCUCAGGACAAAAAAUCCGAAUUCAUGAUCCAGUCGCAACCAGGAGUCCUGUUACGAAGGGACAGAACGUUUUGGGCCGACUCUUUUGUGGUUUUGGAGAAUCGUGUGCCCAGUUUUCUGAAGGGGCUUGAAACCUCGAUCAAGCAAUGUGGAAUAGCCCUGUCGUUCUUGAAACUCUACCAGAACAAUCAUCCUCUGUUCAAACUGAAAAAUAGGCCGCCCGUAGUUUGCUGUUUGAAUGAUGCCGAGCUUGCCCGACUAGAGACGCAAUGUUCCUUGUAUGAAAAAGAAGCUCUUGAAGUUUGUGGUGCACCAGUGACAGCAGCAGAGCAGUUGGAAAUAAACCAGGAGCAGCAACAGGCAUUCCUUGCCAUGGUUGCCAGAGUGCGCGAAGAGAAACUGGUGGAAAUACGAGCUACUUUAAAAAAAGAAAGAGAAGAAAAGGCGGAGAAAAUACGGAAGCUGAAACAAGAACUGAUGAAACAAAUUGAAGACGCCAAAGCUCGUAAAGCUGAUGAUUUGAGGAAGGAGCGGGAAGAGGAAGAGAAGUUUGGGCAGGAGCUGAAGGAGUUACAGGAAAAGCAGCUCAAACUCCUCGAGGAGGAAAAAGCAAGAAUGAGACGUCAUUACGAGAUGUACAGCAAAGUGCCAGAGGACAAACUUGCCACUGCCGAAGCGGAAAUUCAAGUUCUGAGAGAGGAACUGGACAACCUAAACGGCAGUGUCCGUUUAGAGCAGCAACCUGAGGAGCCAGAGCAGGUCAUUGACAACAAGGCUAUCGAAGAGGAUGAAAACAAAAAUCCUUCAUCGGUAUCAAUUUCCGGGGACCAAAUUACUGAAAUUGAAUCUGAUACCAAUGCAAAUUUGAGCCCGAGAAAAGUUCCAACUAGUUUACCUUUAAAGUAUGUCCACGAAGAGGCUGAAAAGGUUGAAUCGCCGAUUCUGGACAACACGGCAGCAAUAGAAGCAGCCAAAAACAAAGCAAAAGUCUUGAGUCACGAGUACAACCUAAUUCAAAACUACGACGAAGUUGAUUCAAUUCAAAUGAGUAAAAAAUCUGUUGUCACGCCGGAUAAUCAAGAACUCGGGGACAUGUUCAAAAGUAGAGCCAGCGAAGCAGCCAGAAAUAAGGCGCGAGUCAUGCACCACGAGUUUUUCUCGGACUUUGACCAAAUCGACAACAUCAAAAAAGAAGAGGUUGUUUUGAUAGACAAUAAAUUACAAGACGCCUCUCCAGUCGCAUCUGAGGAAAUGGUGUCCUCGUCCGAAAUGCUCCUCUCCACCGAAGAACAAAAUACUCCAGACUCGGAAAAUCAACCUUCAGCAAUGUCCAUCAGUCCUGAAGAGAGUACAUGUCCGACUCCGGUAGAACUCCCAUCGAAACCCAUUCCAGCGUCUGCCAGCAACUUUUCGGUCAGCAGUGUUCUCUCGGCCAUUUCGGAGCCUCUCCGAUGGACUCAUGCUGUGAGUAGGGAAAGCAUCAACCAGUCCAUCAAGGAGAACAGCACCGACUGCAGCAACUACAUCAAAAACAGCUGUCUGCGACAGACGGCGUCCGUCGUUCUCAACACCCAAGUUCGUCUGGCCAACCAGUACGUUUUGCACAUAUUUUUGCACGACCAGUCCAUCCUGAGCCACUUCAAGUCUCUCCGAAACUUCUUCCUCCUUCUGGACGGAGAAUUCGCCUCGAGACUGACCUCGAAUCUCUGCUCCGACAUCGAGCAGUUCAAGGACCAUCCUCAGUCGCUCCUCAACUUCCCCUCCAUGAACUGCAUCCUGCAGAACGCCCUCGUCGGUUCCGAGGACCCGAAUAAGGAACGGCUGUCCCUCAGUUUCCGGUCCGUUCCGCAAAAGUUCAACGUUUCCGACGCGAAUCUGCUGGGCUGCAUCCAACUGCAGUACGAGGUGAGCUGGCCGCUGAACAGCGUCCUCACCAGGUCCGUCAUGCAGCACUACGACCAGCUGUUCACGUUUGCGCUGAGUCUGCGCAGGGUGGUGUGGGUGUUGGACCAGACGUUCCGCCACCUGAAAACGUGCGACGCCGCGGUGAACAAGAAGGUCCUCAACAACAGUCCGCAGCACCGCACGCUGUGUCUGCACCUGUUCGAGAUGAGCGCCUUCUUCAAGGCCUUCCACUCGUACAUCCUCAACGUGGCCGUCGUGCAGCAGUGGCCCAAGUGCGAGGAGGCCAUCAAGAAGGUGACCAACCUGGACGGCCUCUACGAGGUGCACUACAAGAUGUUCGUCAAGAGCGUCAUCUACCGCUGUCUGCUGCGCAAGGAGGCCGCCCAGAUUCAAGAGCUGCUCAACGCCACCAUCCGACCUGUACUGCGCUUCUACACCCUCAUUACUGCUCAUGAAUGGCAGCUUAAAAAUGGAGUGUAUUCGCACCCUCAGUUCAAGAACUUGUCCCAGGAGCACAAGAAGUACCACGAACGAACCAAUUUGCUUGCCAAGAAUCUGUCCAAGUUGGCGUCAAGAGGCUACCAGAGCGACCUUCAGGAUUUGUGCGACUACCUCAGGAUGAACGAUUUCUACUCCGUGUUGACGGUGGAGCCGGCCCAGCUGCACUCGAUGGUUUCCUCCACCGCCAGCUCUCUGGCCAGCAAAUAAAGGUUGUUUUGAAACUGUACUUAUCCUAUAUCAUCCAGUUGCCUUGAUACUCAUUUGAUAUUUAAUUAGCAAGUUCUCAAUUAAAAUAAGGUUAGUUAAAUUUGGCGCAGUUGAUAUUUUGAUAAGAUUUAUAUUCCAGUUCCAGUUGAAUUUCGCAAUAAUUUCUGUUAUUAAUACGCAUUUAUAAAAAUUAUUAUUCAAGUUAAGUGAAAUAAAAUCUUCCUCGAUUCAUA